CCAACCGUUUAAAUUAUAUUUCUAUUUUUUCUUUGAACACAAUUUUGUACAAAAAUAAAGCAUGAUGAGGGGAAAAUUGGAUCCCGAGCUCAUCAGUUCCGCGAUGGAAUGGAACAAUUUCCUUUCUCCGAACCCUAAGAUCGUAAUAGGCGAGACCCCCAAUCCCCGAGAAAAAUCAUGGUCUUUGCCUCUCUUUCUCUGAUCUCUACAGUUUGAAACUUAGAUCUAUAUUAGAUCUACUCAGAUGAACCAUCGUGUUCGGCUAUAUCUCCUCUUCCGACGGGAGUUUGAGCUUCAAGAAAUCCAGUUCCGAACGCCAUUACCCGUCCCUCUGGUUCCCCAUCUUUUCAUUCUCGUCCGCUGGUUAGAACUCCUGCAUUUGAUUUUCGCUUUCUCUCUGUUUUUGUUUAGGUUUUCGGCGAAGUCUCUCUCGGUUGCGCUGUCGGCCUCUAGCACGGAGGCGAAGUCUGCAAGCUUUGAAACUGAAGACGGAGAUGAAUUUCGUGCUUGUUGUGUGCGCUGA